UUAAACCUCGUUGAAAUGGAUGUCUGUAGUAGGUUCUUGUCAAUCUGGCAUGCAUUCCGAGCGAGUUUGUUGACCAUUUGACUAUGGAACCAGAGUCGAGAAUAGAUACGGAUGUACACUUUGGUCCUUACAGGGCAACAAAGCUGUGGAAUGAUGUCGUUGCAACAUUCCGUAUGGGAAUGCCACAAGGUCGACAUAAGCGUUACAUGAGAACACAUGAAAAUUGUUUUGUGGCAACACAAGCAGUGGAUUGGCUGCACAGAUAUUUAAAGGGAAAUCCUAACUUUGGUCCAGAAGUAAAUCGAGGACAAACUAUUCAGUUGUUGAAGAAGUUUCACAAGUCUGGUGUUUUCGAAGAUGUAUCUCACUCCAAACAUAGUCACUUGGAAUUUUCAGACAAUGGAAGACUCUACAGGUUUAGAGAUACAUCCCCAGCUAGACCAUUGAGAAGUGCACUGGCUCCCAGGCCUACAGCUAAUUACGUGAACACGCGUGCUGGAGAGAAAACACGCACAAAAGCGGGCAGCAAACUAAAUGCGACAAUGCCAGCAAGUGGAGUCCGGGAAUGUAGACUAGUUGCCAGAGUUCUUUCUGUUAACGAUGUGCAAGAUGUCUGGAAAAACAUUACCCUUCAUAGGUUACAGAAAUGUUUGGGAAGCAAUGUGAGCACCAGUUUGUCAGAAAUACUGGAUAGUGGUUUAGUGAAUGGUCAGAAUAUCUUACACAACUCUCUCUAUGUGAACAAGAGUGGAGUGGUCACCAACAUCAAACCUCAGGAUCAGUUACCACACUGGGCAAUGUCUGCUAUGAAAUGUCUUGCUCGUUGGCCAGAACAAGUGGACAAUAGUCUUCCCAGUUAUCCUGGCUUUGAAAGAGAUGUGUUUGGAGUUGUCAAGGAUUAUUUCCAUAGCUUGCCAGAGCCUCUCAUGACUUACGAUAUGUAUGAAGUGAUCACAAAUGUUUAUGUUCUAGCGAAAAACCACCUUCCAAGACACUCAUCACCAAAUAUUGGCAGUACAAGAACAACAUCGGGGAUUUGGUCUUGCUCAUCCCUCGAGAACCUGCUAAUGGAGAUUGUAAGAAAUAACGGAACUGAACGUUCCACAUCGAGACAAUAUUCUAGUCACCUCAGUGGAUGUAGUGGUAGUUUUAAUCUGUCUCACUUCUACCCUGUCGCAGAGAGCACUGCCAGCGAAGGCUGGAGGAGGAGCAAUUCCAUGGCCGACCUUGCUGUCACACGUUAUGAAACUGCUUUUGGACCUGAAAAUCGGAUCAUUACCAGAGUUUUCUAUUCGAAUGGAGUCUCCACAGAUUACGGCCACUGUAGUUUUGGAGUGGAUGAGGAGUUCAUGCCCCUGGAGACUCAUUUUGAUCUUACACCCAAUGGUGUGGUCAACAACUCGUCUGCUAAGAACAAUCAGAUCAACUUUACACGUGCAAAAUCUUUUGAGAAAAUAGACAGUAUUGACACUUCAUCUAAAAAUGGAAGGGAGCAGUUACAUAUGGGGUCUCGGUCAUCAGCUCCGAGUGGCUACCCAGACACGCCGGUUUCGUCUCACAACUAUAAUUCCCGAGGUGAAUCUCGACACAGUUUAUCUUUCAAGUCUUGUCGUUCGGUGGAAAAGUCAUGCAGUUCUCAACAUAGUGCUUCAUAUCAACCUAUUUUGGAUGGUUCUAAAUUGCGGACAUCUAGAUUCAGCCUUAGUGUGUCUUCGCCCAACCUCCCACGGUCCUCUGGGCCGGCCUCACGGACACACUCAAGCAUACAUAAUGGUACGAGUAAAGUGAGUGCCAGCAUGAUUGAUCUGACUCCACAGAAAUCCAGACGUGAUGGUCCCUCAACACAUCACUGGAGGAAGUCGGCAUGCCUUGAUUUAGUGCAGGCCCUGCAGUCUGAGGAUAAAACGCGCACUGCACUGAGUCUCGUGUGUCUGCUAUUGCCGCCAGCCAACAGACGCAAACUUCAGCUUCUUCUCAAACUCAUGUACAAGAUGAGUAAUAAUCCCAAACUGCGGCUCAAUGAAGAACAGUCUACAAGAGAUCUGGUAAUCAGUACAUUCUAUCGCUGCAUUUUGAGCUCCCAUGAAGAGGCUGACUUGGAUGAGAUGCUGGUGCUACAGAUUGUUGGGUUUCUCCUUGACAACCAUGCUGAGGUUUUGGGUGUACCCACCGUACUGAAGACACAUGUCGAAGAAAGGCUCAAAGACAUGCAAAAACCACAGAUUGUGUACUCACCAGGCGAUCCGUCGCAAUUACAUUAUUGUAAGCAGGUAACUACUCGGGAGUACAACCGCCAGAAGGUGUGCAAUUCUCAAGGAGCACUGAGGGACCUGCUUGAUGAGAUCAUCAAUGACGAGGCCAUGUCGAACAAGAACAAGAGAAAGAGACUCAAACAAUUUCAGAAAACCUAUCCAGAGUUAUAUGCGAAACGCUUUCCUACACAAGAGAGUGAAGAUGAAGUAAUGCCAGCCAAGCCCAAGAUCAAACCUCCUUUGUUGGCCAAGCCUUUGAUGAAAUUACGAGGAUUGCGAUUUUAGACUCUAACUUAUAAAGACUGUUGACCGUUUAAUAGAAGUAAUUUUGUAUAAAUAAUGUUGUACAGCAAAUGUUUAAGACUUGGCUGACUACAGGUUUGGAGUGGAGUCUGUUAGUGACUACACAAAUCGUGAAAUACGUGUAGUACUAAAUCAUGAAAUAUUUCCAAUCUUAACAUUUUCAUAAAUACAAAAUCACUGAGCUGUUGGCAACAUUAAAGUUUAGCAAGAUCAUUUUGUUUAUUAUGCUGAUUGGAGUAUUAAUUUACCAUAAGAGAUUGUCUGGCCAAAUUACUCUCACAAAUAUUUAAAACAGCUAUUAUUUUUCAUGAUAGGCAAUAAUAUGCUAAAGUUUUUAGUAUGAAAUUCAAAAUUGGGCUAUAGUUUGUUUAAAUAUUUUAGUUAGUAAAUUAUUACUAUAAUUAUGAAUCUCACUAGAUCAAAUAUUUUUUUUUAAUGCCUUUACAUUUUUUUUUACUUAGUCUGUCUCACUGUGGUUAUUCUGCAUACGAGAAGGCCAUUCCUGAUCUGUCUCACUUUUAAAUUUAAAAACAAAAACAAACCAGAAACAUGUUUUUGAUGAAAACUGUUAGUACUGCUUGGACAGUUCAUUUAUGUAUAUCCAGUGUGUUCAUGGUUGUCUAAAUGUCUCAUGAUGUAAUCAUCUGGUGUGCUCCACAAUUUUCAUGAUACGGUGACACCUGUCUACACUGAAACAACCCUAAACAGGUUAUUACAUUAAAAGAAUUCAAGUGCUAAUUAUUACUGCAUACUAGUUGCAAUGUCAUAGCUAUGCCAAUGAUGUCAAAUUGCAACUAUACAGACUAGUAGCAUCAUAAGUGACUAGUGGCAUCAUAUUGAUGUUAAGCCUUGUGCCAUAAAUAUAACAUUAAAUAAUAUAGCUAUGUAACCAUGUGGGUAAUAAAUGUAGUUAAUGCCUGUAAAACAAACAUGGAUUGUGUAAAUGUGGCCCAUAAUGUUUAUCUGCCAGAAAAUAAUUUGAGGGUACGUAAUAAAAAUAAAACAGAUCACACAUACCCCUAUUAGGUGGUUAUGGGUUAGACAUCUUUUGAAAUUGGACACUGAAUUUCAUGUACUUUUACAAAUUUUAAACAGUAAUUCUCUUUAUCAUCUAUCUAAAAAUUAUAAAAAUAUAGGGGCCUAUCCAUUAGUUUCCAACAUUUUAGUGUAUGUAAUUUUACCAUUUGUACCCUCUGACAGAAAACCUGUUGAUGUCAAAGCACUGCUAUUCAAUAUCUUGCCAUAUACUGUUAAGAGCUGUGUAAUAAUCUUGUUCUACCAUGAAAGUUGCUCAUUCUGUGGCCUCGGUGCACAGUUUAGCUGUCAUAUCUUUCAUCCUUUCUAUCUUAACAAACAUCAUAUGUCUUUCAUGUAUAGUGUUUAAUAUAGCUGUUUAUUUAAGAUAUUUAGUUCUUAAUCAUGUCAAGAAAUGAAACAGUUUCUGAUACUCAAUGUUUAUUCAUGAAAGUGGAGCAGUAAAUGUAAACCUUUAUUUGUCAUUUCACAAACUGGAUUUUCUCAGAAACAAACCUUUUAAUUUUUAUGUUACCAGGAGGCUCAGCACUCAAGGUCACUUACUAGACUUGGGUUUUUUGGGGUUUUUUUUGCAUAUAAUGUUAAAUGAGUGAUAGGAUAGAAUAUGAAGGAAACCAGUCUAAUUGAUCAUGACUGAUCACCCUCCUAAACCUAAUAUCUGAAUGAUAAAUAUAAGAAAUUUCCAAAUACUAGUACAUUACUUUUAAACAGUUUAGAAAGGCUGGUUGGUUUGAUGAAAUAUUUAAUAGAAUAAUUUUGAUGUCAUUCAGUGAAACUUUUUCUUAGGUUAGAUAUAAAUCUAUAUGUGUAUGAAUACACAAUAAAAUGUGGUUAAAUGCUGACAGCGACUUGCUCAUCGGUUUCAACGUUAGUCAGAAUGUAGGGUAAAAUUAAUAUAGUUAGUAAAAAAAUUCACUUCUCUUAUUUAUACCUUGUACACUUUGUUGAAUAUGUAUUGUCAGAAUGUGUCAUUUCUUUUUGAAUAAUUUAUUCUUAAUGCUUGUAACCCUGAAAGUUUUAGUUACAUAUAUUUAACAUACCGGGUAUACCAGAACACAGGAAAUAAAAGUCCUCAAUGCA